ACCCGGGACCCAAAUCCAAUCCCGGUCGAUGAAUUCCAAAGAGAUCUCCAGCCUCCAGGGUAGUAGUUCGAGAUUCCCCUUCCGAUACUCUUCAAAAGGGCAAAAAUCUUAACAGCCCAUCAAAGAUUGCGCUUGUGUGGAUAGAAGAAAAAAGCGCUCCUCAAUUUCAGUGUAGUUUGUUUCGACGGCGGCCACAGCAGUUACUGCAAGGGUUGGUGGGUUCCCGAGGUCUGCUCUUAGUGCAACCAAUAUGAGCAUAGGGAGUAGCUCCGCUGCUGCUGAUGCAGGUACGAGGACUGCGAGGCCUUUCGAGUACGGGAGAACCCAUGUGAUCAGGCCCAAGGGUAGGCAUUUAGCAACUGUUGUGUGGCUUCAUGGCCUAGGCGAUACUGGGUCGAGUUGGUCCCAGCUUUUGGAAACCCUUCCCCUUCCGAAUAUAAAAUGGAUAUGCCCAACUGCACCAACACGACCUGUAUCAGUGUUUGGUGGAUUCCCUUGCACUGCAUGGUUUGAUGUUCAUGACCUGCAACAGGAGGGCCCUGAAGAUAUUGAGGGUUUGGAUGCUUCAGCAACUCAUGUGGCAAAUCUUUUGUCAACUGAACCUGCUGACAUUAAACUUGGUGUUGGUGGCUUUAGUAUGGGUGCAGCAACAGCUUUGUACUCUGCCACUUGUUUUGCUCAUGGAAAAUAUGGAAACGGCGAUGCAUACCCUCUCAACUUAAGUGCAGCUGUUGGUCUAAGUGGUUGGCUACCAUGUUCUAAGAGUUUGAAGAACAAGAUUGAAGGGUCAGAAGAAGCAGCGAGGAAAGCUUCCACCUUGCCACUUUUGCUAUGUCAUGGAAAAGGGGAUGACGUUUUGCCCCACAAGCAUGGGGAGAAAUCUGCUGAGGUUCUAAAAUCAACUGGAUUCCAGAACACAACCUUCAAAAGUUACAGUGGACUGGGUCAUUAUACAGUCCCUGAAGAAAUAGAUGAUGUUUGCAAGUGGCUUACGACUAGCUUGGGGCUUGAUGGUUCGAGUUCAUAAUUGGGAAGUCGUCGAGAGUUUUUGAAUAAUAGUGAAAAUAGAUACUAAAUUUCUUUUUCGCGUGACUUUAAUUGAUGUGGAGCUCAUAUAUCAUGUAUAACACUUGAUUAUAAUCUUUGCUUUCUUUUUGUUGACUAUGUUGUUAUUGUAUGACUCAUUGGCUGAUCAAUGGCCAUGAUUAAUGGUUGGUUUAGAAACUUGGGUGCUGAUAUGGGUUUCAUUUGUCUUU